CGCCCUCUGCACGUAAUUUGUUGCCAUGUGUUCCGCGCCAAUUUUACGUUUUCGCAGACUAUACGUUUAGCACCGUUCAAUAGUCACCUGCUGAUCUCUGAACUUCCCCGUCAAGUUGCUAACUAUGGCAGAUGCAAAGACUGGACACGCUGAAGCAAAAAGAACGACUCCUGCUGUCUACUGUCAGGACGAACUGCCAGAUCUAUUACCUGUGUACUAUAAGCGCCUGUUUCCAUACAAUCAGUACUUCCGAUGGCUGAACUACGGCGGUGUCCCUAAGAGCUACUUUCCAAACCGUGAGUUCUCAUUCACAUUGAAAGAUGACAUCUACAUACGGUAUCAGUCUUUUGCUGACCAGAGUGAGAUGGAAAAAGAGAUCCAGAAACGCUGUCCAUACAAGAUUGACAUUGGUGCUGUCUUCACACACAGGCCCAAGGAUCACAGGACAGUGAAGGCGACAUCUUUUCAAGCUCAAGAGAAGGAGCUAGUAUUUGAUAUUGACAUGACAGACUAUGAUGAUGUUAGGUCCUGUUGCCAGGGGGCAGAUAUUUGUGAGAAGUGUUGGCCACUGAUGAAGAUUGCUGUCCGUAUCGUUGACAGGGCAUUACAAGAUGACUUUGGUUUUGAUCAUCGCUUGUGGGUUUACUCCGGUCGGCGUGGAGUUCAUUGCUGGGUGGCUGAUGAAACUGCUCGCAAGCUAUCCCAGAAUGCACGGUCAGCCAUUGCAGAAUAUCUCAGCUUAGUCAAGGGAGGAGAGAAUCAGGUAAAAAAGGUUAACCUGCCUGAACACCUGCAUCCGUCUGUAGAAUAUGCAAGACAGAUCAUCAAUCAUUACUUUGAGGACUAUGCAUUUCAGAAGCAAGGCCUUCUGAGUGACAAAGCAUCAUGGGAUAAAAUCCUUGCUAUUGUUCCUGACAGCAAUCUGAGAAAACUCCUCUCUGACCAUAUGGAAAAAGCCAAGACAGCUGUAGAUAGGUGGGAUCGCUUAGAACGCUGCAUCAAAGGCGAAGUCAGUAAAGGAAAUGUUAAGAAGUGUCUUCAUCUGGCCACAGAGAUUAAAUUCCAGUACUGCUACCCACGGCUAGAUGUCAAUGUUAGCAAAGGCAUCAAUCAUUUACUCAAGAGCCCCUUCUGCAUUCAUCCCAAAACUGGUCGUGUCUGUGUCCCAUUCAGUGCCAAGAAUGUUGACGACUUUGAUCCUAAGACAGUACCAGAUAUCAGUCGAUUGUGCCGAGAAAUUGAUGAAUUUGACAGGAGGCAAAAAGCGGCAUGUGAUGAAAAUGAGCCACCAACAAAGAAGCGAAUAAAAGAUUACAAGAAGACGAGCAUACUUCAAAGUGUUCAAGUGUUUGAGGAGUUUGUCACAAGCCUUGAGAAAACGUGGAAAGGCAAACUCAUAGAACAAAGCGACAUCAAGAAAGAGUUUUGAACAUCUCACCUGCUCUUGUUGAAUGGGAUGAUGAAGCUGUCGCCUGAGCAACUGACUGUUAAGGCAAGGGGCUGCCAUAGCAACACCACCUCUGUCAGCAUGGCAUCAACCCAAAAUGCAACAAGAUACUGUUUUAGAUAGGAAAAGAAUCUAUGCUUACUUCAGCAAAAGGUUUUGAGCCGUUCAGUAUCUUUUUCAUUCUGCCAUUUUUUGCUUCAAGACUCUGAAGCUGUAAUAUAAUUUGCAUUUAUGGUUUAGUCGAACUGCAAGUUUUUUCUGUUUCUUAUAUAUUAGAUAAAAAAUAGAGCCUGAAAGUAAAAAGUCACGCAGCGAGCUUCCUGAACCC